AUGCAAGCUAAAGGGGUGACGGAAGACUUAAAACAACAUGCAUCCUGCCAGCAGGUCGGCAGCAUGCAGACGGGGUCAGGCCACCUAUUCAUCAUCUGCACAAAGUGGGCCUCUCGCUCUGGCCCUGUGAGCCCAGUCUCCGACCAGAGCAGGGCCCCUGUGACCUGCAGCUGUGUUUACUGUCAACACAACCCCAUGUUAAGACAGCUGGGUGAACAGGAGAAGGCCAGACGCUACAGAACAUGA